AUUCGUAUCGUCAUCAUCACCACAUUAUUAUCCAGAUUAUUUUUAUUUUAUACUGUGGAUAUGAAUUAGUCCCACAUCACCUUCGUGUUAUCUCUUUCAAUCCUCCACGUUUCCUUCUUCUCAUUCCCUACAACAACAUUCAAUCGUAAGUUUUUUCCAAAACAACAUACCAUUAGGGUUUAUCUUCUUCCAUCUGUUCAUUCAACGAUAAGGGAUUUUUAGAGACAGUUAUAUGGAUGGAUCUUGUAGUAAACGAGGUGUUAGUGGGAUUUCUGCUCCGAAAAAGAAACCGAUCGCUGCUGUAAAAGAUACUGCUGGCGCUCGAGAUGGAACGGGUCAAUUAUGCAAUCGAAUCGGUUGCAGUGGCAGAGUUAAUCAUAAUAAUAACAAAGGUACUAAAAAUAAAGCCUUAGAAAAACCAAAACCCUUGAAGCCUACUGUUCGUUCGUCGUCUAGCAAGGAAAUAGUAACCGGCAGUUCAUCCAAAAAAUGCUUAAAACCUGUCGACAAUUCGGACAAAAGGGUGUGUUCUAAGAUCGAAUCAAGCAGUGGUUCGAAUGAGUCUGGAAUUCGAGAACUUAAUGUGUCUGGAACUCAAACCCGUAAGUUGAAAUCUAAAAGUGUUGAAGUUAGGAAGGAGGACAAUAGUUUAAGAGUUCAAAACGGCGAGUUAAACAACGGCAGGAAGAAAAGACUGACUCAAGGAGAAAGUAGUUCAUCUGGUAGUAAAGGUAAAAAGAUCAUUGGGGUGUCGACGAAUGAAGGGCGUGUUUCUGAUUCGAAAAACUCAAGAAAUACGAUUUCUUCUAGAACAAAUGGUGUUUCAUCGGUUAGGACACGAAAAGCAGUGAAUUUGGAGAAUUCCAAAGGGUCUAACAGUCAGCAGUCUGCUAAUGAUAUUGCCAACAUGCCGCAAACUCAAGAAUUAAGUCUUAAUGGUGAUCAGAGUACGAGUGAUACUUCUACAGAUCGUUCAGUUGUUGGCUUUGGGAAUGAUAAUGGAACGCGACAUUAUAGCAUAGAUGGAAUUACAGAUGUACUACUGGCACUUAAUAGGUUCGGGCAAGAUGAAGAGUUAACAUACGAGCAAUUACUCUCACUCGAGGCAAGCUUAUUCUUUGGCGGGCUUAAUUUCUUUGAUCAACAUAGGGACAUGAGACUGGAUAUUGAUAACAUGUCAUACGAGGAACUACUCGUGCUUGAAGAGAAAAUGGGUACCGUGAGCACAGCGUUAUCUGAAGAGGAAUUGUCAAAAUGCAUCAAAACAGGCAUAUAUGAAUGUUCACUAUCAGAGGACGGAAAAAUGAGGCGUAGUGCUUGCACAGACGACAACAAAUGCAGUAUUUGUCAGGAGGAAUUUGUGAGGGGAGAUGAAGUGGGAAGGCUGGGAUGCGGACAUGGGUACCAUACUCCGUGCAUAAACCAGUGGUUGGGCCUCAAGAACUGGUGUCCCAUUUGCAAGGCUUCACCAAAACCUUUAUCCACAGAUGCUUGAUAUUGGUACAAAUCACAUUUGAUUUCCUUUUCUUUUAUAGUCACAUGUACAUGAAUACAUAGGGAUGUUGGUUUUUUGGCUUUUAGAACUUUAUUAUAUGGUCUCAAAUCUGAAUGGUUCAGAUUCAGAUUGUUUGUCAAAACAUUAGACUAUUGAUUCAAUUCAUAUUACACUUUCAUUCUUAACUA